AUGGCAACGUGGGCGGAUAUUCAGCGCCUUGUUUCUGAUCUUCAAAGAGUGCAGCUUUCUCAGUCAGCAAAGAAGCUUUCGGAAGCUAACUGCGUUGAAGUGGUGACAAAACUCAUCCAAAGGUCAUUGAUUGAUGUGGUGUUUACAAGAGAUGGACAUUCGUACAUCACACAGAAGCAUCUGGCUACUGAGGUGCGAAAUGAAUGCGUUGCUCUGGGUGGGCGUGCUCCUUUGACUGACAUAGCCACCUCGUUGAAUGUGGAUCUCGAUCAUGUUGAACGAACAGCACAAAAACUUGUGGAUGAGAAAGUUGGCUUUACGAUAUCGGGAGGAGAGCUUUUUGCAGAGUAA